GCGUCUUCCUACAUGAUAUUGCUUAUAAACAUUUCUGCAAUGUGAGACUAGACUACAACCAAAUCCAUCUCAUCGAUCUUGGUUCAAUAACAAUGGCGGACAACAAAACAAAAACAAGCUUGUUUGACUUCUUUCUCCUCUCCGUGUUUUUGGUCUGUCUCUGUUUAGCUCCGGUUCCAGCAUCAGCACAAGGUCGGAAACUCAGUUUCGGCGUGAACGGCCAGUUCAAGAUUCUGCAAGUGGCGGAUAUGCACUACGCAAACGGCGGGACUACUCGGUGUCAAAACGUUCUUCCUAGCCAGAUGGCACACUGCUCCGACCUCAACACCACCGCCUUCAUGUCUCGAGUCAUGGCCGCCGAGAAACCUGACCUCAUCGUCUUCACCGGUGAUAAUAUAUUUGGGUCUAAUGUUAAAGACGCUGUGAAGUCCAUGAAUGCUGCGUUUGCUCCAGCGAUUGCGGCUAAGAUCCCUUGGGUUGCUGUUUUGGGAAACCAUGAUCAAGAAUCUACAUUGUCCCGACAAGAACUCAUGAAACAUAUCGUGAAGCUUCCCAACACUUUGUCUAAAGUGAACCCUCCUGAGGCUGCUCAUUACAUCGAUGGGUUUGGUAAUAACAAUCUCCAAAUCCAUGGAGCUGUUGAGUCAAGUCUACAUAACAAAUCCGUUCUCAAUCUCUAUUUUCUCGACAGUGGAGAUUACUCUAGUAUUACUUCCCUCUCCAAAAAAUAUGAUUGGAUAAAAACUUCUCAGCAGUUCUGGUUUGACCAGACUUCGAAACGUCUCCAGAAGGAGUACAAUAAAGAGCCUAAUCCUCAACAAGGUACAGCUCCAGGACUAGCUUACUUCCACAUUCCAUUUCCGGAGUUUUGGAGCUUUGACUCAAAGAACGCCUCUAAAGGAGUGAGACAAGAAGAAACAGGCUCGGCUACCACAAACUCGGGUUUCUUCACGACGUUGGUAGCUAGAGGAGAUGUGAAAUCAGUGUUUGUGGGUCACGACCAUCUCAAUGACUUUUGUGGUGAACUCAAAGGUUUGAAUCUAUGUUAUGGUGGUGGGUUUGGAUAUCAUGCGUAUGGUAAAGCUGGGUGGGAGAGGAGGGCGAGAGUUGUGGUUGCUGAUUUGAACAAGAAGGGUACAGGAAGCUGGGGAGAUGUGAAAUCGAUUAGGACAUGGAAGAGGCUCGAUGAUCAGCAUCUCUCUGUUAUUGAUGAGCAGGUUCUUUGGACCAGUUCUCCAAAGUGAUCAGUGUUUCCUCGUUUAAUUAUGACUCUAUGUCCUUAUGUUUCAUCUGAUUAUAAUAAUUUGAUUUUAUAGAAGCGGUUUAAGCGGAUAUCAAAUAAUCAUACUUUUGAAUAUAA